AUGGCUGCGGCUAUGCAGGCCACUGCAGAGGCUUUUGGACAACAGAUGAACAACCAUGGCAACGACAAAAAUGGAGCUCAGAGACCAAUGGAGAUCAGAACUUUUGCUGUGUUGGUGAACAAGUGUGGGAUUGCUGAAGAGUGUUUGAAGAAGAUUGUUGAUGCACGUAUUCCUUUCAAUGCAAUUCAAUCACCUUACUUUCAACCUGCAUUGGAUGGUGUUGCUGCAAUUGGACUUGGUUUUAAGAGACCGUCAUAUGAUGAAAUGAGAGUUCAUUUGCUGGCUUAUCUUAAGAGAGAGUGUCAAUUGCUGGUUGAAAAGUAUAGGAGCUCAUGGAAAAACACCGGUUGUACACUGAUGGCAGAUGAGUGGACUGAUCAAAGGCAACGAACUUUAAUUAACUUUCUAGUUUAUUGUCCUGCUGGUAUGUCAUUUGUUAAGACUGUUGAUGCUUCUGAUGUGAUAAAAACUGCCAAUGCAUUGUUUAAUUUGUUUGCUGAUGUUAUUGAGUGGGUCGGGCCUAGUAACAUUGUGCAUGUGGUCACUGAUAAUGCUGCUAAUUAUGUAUCUGCUGGAAAACUUAUUCAUGAAAAAUACCCAAAUAUAUUUUGGUCUCCUUGUGCUGCCCAUUGUAUCAAUCUUACUUUGAAAGAUAUUGCAAGUAUUCCUCAUAUAUUUGACCUUGCUUCCCGUGCUUCAAAAAUGACUGUGUUUGUCUACAAUCAUAUGAUCUUAUUGUCUUGGCUUAGAAAAAGAAAAAGUUGGAUAGAAAUUGUUCGACCAGGAGUCACAUGUUUUGCCACUGUUUUCAUUACUUUGAAAAGUAUAUAUGAUCACAAGGAAGAUUUGCAGACAUUGAUGGUAGACAAAUAUUUUACUUCUCAUAAGUUAUCCAAAAGUGCUAAUGGAAAGAUUGUUAGCUCAAUUGUCUUGGACAGUAAGUUUUGGCAAGACUGUCUUACCACUGUGAAAAUUGUUGGUCCUCUUAUUAAGUUGUUGAGGCUUGUUGAUGCUGAUGAAAAACCCUCUUUGGGAAUCGUGUAUGAAGGCAUGCAAAGAGCAAAAAAUGCUAUCAAGACCAUGUUCAAUUGUUCAGAAAUCGGAAAGCUGCUUAUACGCCAUACACGAAGAUACAGCUGGAUUGAGAUUGUAAAGAAAGUUUUGGGAGGGAAAGUGCUAAGAGAGUGGCAUCAAGACUCGAACCUGGUGAAUGGUGGAGGCUACACGGUGGGAGUGCUCCGAAUUUGCAAAAAAUGGCAGUUGCAUCGAAAGAAGAGGAAUUAUGACCCAAUUGACAUUCAAAGCAUUGACACAGUAGAUUUUUGGGUAAUGGCAGAUGAGGAUGAUCCUGAAUUUACUAAUGGAGAUGUUGAAGGCAUUGAAAGUUUAAUAUACACUGAUAAUGCUAUGCCUUCGUAUCCUAAUGAUGGUGGAGACAUGGAAGUUGAAGUGGAUAUGCUUGAUGUUGUAAUUGAAUCCUCAAAUACUUCUUUUGGUGGUAUUUCUGAAGAUGCUGGCUUUGGAUUACCUGUUUAUGAUGGAGACAUCGGAACACUUAAUGAUGAUUAUGACUUCUGA